AUGGAGGAAACAGCAAUGGAGGAAAGCUUUACAGUCUGCCUCUAUAAACUGGUUAUAAUCUCUCCUGAUUAUAACUGGUUUAGAGGUUCAGUUCCCCUUAAAAAGAUUAUCGUAGAUGAUGAUGACAGUAAGAUAUGGUCGCUCUAUGAUGCGGGUCCCCGAAGUAUCAGGUGUCCUCUGAUAUUCCUGCCUCCUGUCAGUGGAACUGCAGAUGUCUUUUUCCGGCAGAUUUUGGCUCUGACUGGAUGGGGUUACCGGGUUAUCGCUUUGCAGUAUCCAGUUUAUUGGGACCAUCUCGAAUUCUGUGAUGGAUUCAGAAAACUUUUAGACCAUUUACAAUUGGAUAAAGUUCAUCUUUUUGGCGCUUCUUUGGGAGGCUUUUUGGCCCAGAAAUUUGCUGAAUACACUCACAAAUCUCCGAGAGUCCAUUCCCUCAUCCUCUGCAAUUCCUUCAGUGACACCUCUAUCUUCAACCAAACUUGGACUGCAAACAGCUUUUGGCUGAUGCCAGCAUUUAUGCUCAAAAAGAUAGUUCUUGGAAACUUUUCAUCUGGCCCAGUGGACCCUAUGAUGGCUGAUGCCAUUGAUUUCAUGGUAGACAGGCUAGAAAGUUUGGGUCAGAGUGAACUGGCUUCAAGACUUACCUUGAACUGUCAAAAUUCUUAUGUGGAACCUCAUAAAAUUCGGGACAUCCCUGUAACCAUUAUGGACGUGUUUGAUCAGAGUGCACUUUCAACUGAAGCUAAAGAAGAAAUGUACAAGCUGUAUCCUAAUGCCCGAAGAGCUCACCUUAAAACAGGAGGCAAUUUCCCAUACCUGUGCAGAAGUGCAGAGGUGAAUCUUUAUGUACAGAUACAUUUGUUGCAAUUCCAUGGAACCAAAUACGCGGCCAUUGACCCAUCAAUGGUCAGUGCGGAGGAGCUUGAGGUGCAGAAAGGCAGCCUCGGCAUCAGCCAGGAAGAACAAUAGUUGUCUCUUGCUGUCAAUGAUAAGUUGACCCGGUGUGUUCUCAUAUAGUCCGUGGCAUCAGCGUCCACCAGCUGGCCUUUUCCUUCAGGUUCGUCAGGCUCACCGGUUCUCACUGUGUCUGGGAAGUAGGACUGAUGGUCAUCUUCAUGACAGGUGGCAUCUCCACUAAGCCCGUGUAACUGUUUGCUCUUUGGUUUUCUUAGCUUUUGAAUUUGAAGAAGUACUUUUGAAGACUCCCGUUUUCAGAACUGUGCAAAUUUUGCUACCAAAAGUCUUCAUCACUGUAUUCUUAAGUGAAUGUUAACUUCUGAGGUUUGGGAUUUUGUGGGGACUUUUUUUUCUUCUUUACCUUUCUUCUUUCUUUCCUUCUUUUUUAAUGUUUGCUGCCAAUGCUGCAUCCAGAUUGCAUAUGAGGUCAUUGAGUAUUUAUGCUUUCUGGAUAUAACGUUAUCAGCGUGCCAUGGCUAUCACCCCACUGUUGCUCUCCUGCAAAUCAACUGCUUUUAAUUUACACUUAAGCAAAUUGUUCUGAGUGUUAGCUACUGUCUUUCUAGAUAUUACAGUCAUUUGGAAUAAAAAUUCAAUUUCA